AUGCCCCAUAUCGCCAACACACCAGAGUCUCGACUCCCUCGCUCGGAUUCGCGCAACCCAGCAACGACCUGUAGAGGGAUCACCACGAGUGGCCGGCCUUGUCGCCGCUCUCUAGCAUCGAAAAACUACGCAAAAUCAUGGAAUGGACACCCAUUGGACGACACCCAUUUGUAUUGCUGGCAGCAUAAAGAUCAGGCUAUCGCCUCGGCGUCGACAUGGGCCACUUCGAGUCUCCAGCCUGAGCCGGAGCCCAGAUCCAGCAUCGAUACGCUGCUGGAUCGGCUGGGCGUGCUUGAAGUUUCAGAUCAACAUGAACAACCUACAGCUCAGCAGAAACAUCGCCAUAAUCGCAAAAGACCAGAUGUGGUUCGAGUAAAAGAGAAGCAUCGUCAAUCACCCAAGAGAACCUUCUGCUGCUUUGAGAUUGUCGACGAAGACGACAUGGAACAUCGAAUUCCCCAGCCGGUUAUAAGACCAGUGCAACAGCAACAGAUUCGUCCCGCCCAUCGACCGGCGUCCGCGCCUCUGAAUCUCCAUCUACAAGAAUCGAGGCCCAGCUCAGCCCCGCAGUGUAUGCAUGCGUCGCUGUCGCCAACUCCCCAGCAUUCACGCCUUUCCUCAUCUGAGACCAAAUUAUCACCAACUACACAGGCACCGUCUCGACCUCCGCAACACAAGCGGAACUCGUCUUCAUCCUCGCAAACCCAGUCCCUCAUUUCCUGGAUCCCACCCAGCCUCUCUCCCCGGACGAUAUCUCUGCUUCUCACCGAACUCGCCAAGCCCAUCUCCGGCACUGACGAAGAGGGCUACAUCUACAUGUUCUGGGUGACGCCUCCAAGUACUACACGGAAUACCGGCACCGCUUCAUUUCGUCCACCACCACGAGAGAUUGCAUCGUCCCUACUCCCGCCAAUCCCAAAUAGUGGCAGACCAGCCCAACGCCGAAGCAUCAGCGAUGCUCUCCGCGCAGCACAGGAUCUCAACGCCCUAAGCAGCAAUCCAACCGCAACAGCGCCGGGCACAAUACGACUGAAAAUCGGGCGCGCAAGCAACGUACACCGCAGGUUAACUGAAUGGACGCGUCAGUGCUCUAACGACCUGACGCUUAUUCGAUACUACCCAUAUACCCCUUCAAAAUUAACGCCGACGUCAACACCGACGCCACAGCAGUCCCCCUCUUCGGCGCGGUUAUCUCCAUCUGGACAGAAUUACCUGCAGCAGCGUCCUACAUCUUCCGAAACAUUGUCAUUGACGUCUGGGAGAAAAGUCCCGCACGUCCACCGCGUCGAACGCCUGAUCCACAUCGAACUCGCAGAUCUGCGCGUGCGGGACCUGGGUCCGUGUGUAGAGUGUGGGAAGGAGCACCGCGAGUGGUUCGAGAUCGAGGCGUGCAAGGAUGCCCUGCGACGGGUGGAUGAAUGUGUGCGGAGGUGGGUUGCUUGGGCGGGAGGUGAUGUUUGGGGAGGAUUAAUAUCCUAG